UGAGUUGAGCCUGCUGCUACCUAGGCUACCAGGCUCCUCGGGAGUCUGUGCCUGUAUUGGAGCUACGGCGGCCGGGUUGCCAGGUUACGGGAAAAUAUUGAAGAAGUUCGUGGAGUACUACGAGUCAGAGUAAUCUGGGAUCUGCAGGAAGUCCCUCAAAGUAGUUGUCUUAGGAAAAGAAGAAAUUAGACUCUUCGUCAAGAUUUCCAUUUACACGACCGUUAAAUGCAAGACUGCUGUGGUGAGACCAUGAAUAAGAAUACAUCUGCUACAGUGCCAUCGGGUCUACUCGAAAAGGACCCUGCCUUUCAGAUGAUUACAGUUACCAAGGAAACAGGCCUUGGUCUGAAGAUCCUAGGAGGAAUUAACCGGAAUGAAGGUCCCUUUGUGUAUAUUCAGGAAAUUAUUCCUGGUGGAGACUGUUGUAAGGAUGGACGUUUGAAGCCGGGAGAUCAACUUGUCUCAAUAAACAAGGAAUCUAUGAUUGGCGUGUCAUUCGAAGAAGCCAAAAGCAUAAUUACCAGAGCCAAGUUGAGGUCAGAAUCUGCCUGGGAGAUAGCAUUCAUACGACAACAUUCUGACAGCAGUGGUCCAGAAAACCCAUCGGGUACAUUCCUUUUACCGACUUCAGGAGAAUGUGGACCACAAGCCUCAACACUUAGCCUUCUUUCUUCUUCGCCGGAAAUACCAAUUCCAAAGACCACAUCCACUCCCCAAACUACAGAUGCUAUUUUACCUUCUUUUCAGUUAAAAACUGGAUACAAGAAAACAGAACAGACUCCAAUUACUUCUUUGGACCCCAGCUCUACGGAUAUACCUAAUACAGAUACCGCUUCUGCCCGGACUGGUCAUCAUGGGCCCCAUGGAAAGAAGAUUUCCCUAAACCCUUCCAUCCGCCUUAAGGCAGAGAAACUGGAAAUGGCUCUAAAUUACCUUGGUAUUCAGCCCACAGAGGAGCAGCACCAAGCUCUGAGACAGCAAGUGCAAGCGGACCCAAAGGGGACGGUGUCUUUCGGAGAUUUUGUCCAGGUUGCCAGAAAGUUGUUUCGCUUGCAAUUGGAUGAAGUCCAUGUUGGUGCACCUGAAAUUUCCACCAUUCUAGACUCACAGCUUAUCACCUGUGGCUCCUUAGAAGAAGAUGAAAUGGAAAGGCUGAAACGUGAAAGGAAUGAUGCUUUGAAAGAAGUGAAUACACUUAAGGAAAAAUUAUUUGAAUCAGAAAGGCAAAGGAAACAAUUGACAGAAGAACUCCACAGUGUGAAACAGGAAGCCAAAGCUGUCAUUGAAGAAACCAGAGCGCUGCGAAGCCGGAUUCAUCUCGCCGAGGCCGCGCAGAGGCAGGCGCGCGGGAUGGAAAUGGAUUACGAAGAAGUGAUCCGCCUGCUGGAGGCCGAGAUCACGGAGCUGAAGGCCCAGCUUGCUGAUUAUUCUGACCAAAAUAAAGAAAACGUUCAGGAGUUAAGAAAGAGAAUCACAGUCCUCGACUGCCAAUUGCGAAAAUCGGAAAUGGCUCGAAAAUCUUUUGAGGCAUCCACUGAAAAGCUCCUUCAUUUUGUAGAGGCUAUUCAAGAAGUAUUUUCUGAUAAUCCUGCUCCUUUAACAACCCUAAGUGAAAGACGAGCUCUGUGCGCCUCCCAGGCCUCCCUCACGCCGCUGGGCAGGCCUGGCCUCGGCCGCAGCAGGGCCACCACGCUGGCUCUCGAAUCCAGGGAACUCGUCAGAUCUGUGCGCACCGCGCUGGACACGGACUGUCUACCUUACGGGUGGGAGGAAGCUUACACAGCAGAUGGCAUCAAGUACUUCAUCAAUCACGUAACACAGACCACGUCCUGGAUCCACCCCGUGAUGAGCGCACUGAACAUGUCUUGCUCAGAGGAGAAUGAAGAGGACUGCUCCAGGGAACUUCCCGACCAGAAGAGCUAGUGGUUUUCCGUGGGAAGCUGAGCUCCGGGGCCUUCCAGCACGUCGGUCUCCACGCAGGACUCUGAGACGCCACGGUCUGAAACAGGAGUAAAAGCUCUCGACCGGUGGAUGCUGUGAAACGGAGACUCUGCCCCAAAUGCUAAUUUUUGUAAAACUUUUUCAUGCAACUGUGUACAUUUACAGGAUCAGUCGCCACUACAGUAGUUCUUUAAGAAUAAUCUAGCCCUAUUUUUUUUGAAAUCAUAUAUAGCUAGACUUUAUGUUACGUAUACUUUUUAUAUAUAAUUAGAACUUUGCUAUUUUAUAUACAGUUCUUUACGGAGUGUCUGAUACAUUGAUCUCUAGGAUUAACACUUAGGUUGGAAAAUUAUGUGAAUAUGGUGAAACACUUCAUUUAUUUGAAAAGUCACUCACCUUUUAUAUUUGUAUCUUAGGAAAGUGAGUAAGCAGGCUCUGGGGGUUUUUCUCGAAGAUCACAGGUAGACCACCGUCUCACAGGCUCCUGAAUACAGUCUGUGUUUUAUGGGGCUUUCUGAUUUACAUACUGCUUUCCUGGCCCUGUUUUAUUCACACCAUCCAACACGCCCAUGAGGCAGAUCCAGUGGGUGAUUCUUAUUCUGUUUUUCGUUUAUGGAAAUAGUGGUUCAGAGAAGUGAGGCACCUUGUCCCAGGUCUUCUGACCCUCUGUCCGGCCCCCUUUCCACUGCACCCUGCUGUCCCAACAGAGGCAGGUCGCGGCCCGAUGCACGGGGCACACGGUUCUGUUGACGCAGCUGAGCUCCACGCUGAGCACUCCAGUGGCCACCCGGAUGCGGCAGGCACCUCUUCAGCGAAACAAGCCCCCACGUAACUCCACUGUGGUCCUGGAAACCUGUCCCCCUUCUGCACCCCCAAACCCUCACCAGGUAGGAGCAUGGUUUUGUGAUGUUUCGGCAGGCUUCCCAGGGCUGGCUCAUACCAAGGAUUUGCCUUGUUUACAUUGCACUUGCCAGACGCAGCGUUUGAGGGGCAUUGAUGAGAAGAGGGGCAUCCAGAGUCUCCUCUGCUAUCAAAAGAGAUGUCCUUGAACCCUUCUCCUCCAAGUUCAAGACUGACGUCAUUAUUGCUGACACCACCCACCAAACUAAUUAUGCUUUUGAUCUUAUUUUAUUGUAAGGAUGCUAGACAGUUUCUAGCAGGAAUGAGCCAUUGACUUGGAAAGCUAAAGAUUUUCUCUCAGUUUAAUGAUUUAAACCCAAGGUCAGAAAAGGGAGGGGGAUGUGGAGUGGGGAGGAAGUCAGUCAUCUCAAAUGUCCAGGGCAUUCGGUACCAACUGAAAAAUAAAAAGGCACUUAUUCCUAUCCAAUGUUGUAUUUUUAGGUGAUGUACUUAGAAAGAAAGUGAAUAGGAAUCAUUAGCUGCUCAGGAUACCUGUUCCCAAGCCAUUCCUACUAACACAGAGAAACUACUGGUGAUCCCUCUGGCCAUGUUUUUCCUCUUCCCUUCUCCUCAGCCCUCCCCCUCCUCCCCUCUGCCCUCCCUGCUCUCGUCCUCCCUCCCUGCCUCCCCUCCUUUGAAAUUCAGGUAGGAAAACAGAACUCAGAACCUUGAACAUCAUCUGACUCGGUGAUUUUUCAGAUACCUUCUGGUGGAAAAGACUCAUUUUUCAAAUGAAGUCUUAUACAGAAGCACAAUAUAUAGAACAGAAUAUUUUUAAAAUAUUGCUACUCUGCCUGACACAAGACGAAGGCCUGGAGCCAGGUACAAGCAGCCCCCGCAUCACUGCCGUGCAAACCCAGAGCUCCUUAGGAGCCCAGGGGGAGAGUCAUCAGUCCCAAGGUCAUGCAGAGGCUGAGCAAUGAGGUCAACAUUAGACCUAGAUCCUAAGCCUUCCAGUCUACUACAUCUCCUGUGGCAUGUAACACAGAUGUGUAUUGCAAGUACAUGUGUACAUUAUGCUCACCCAUACAUUCCCGAAUACAUGUAGGAUUUGUAAUUUAAGUCUAGAAUAAUAAUAACAUAAGGUCAAAUCUAGGCUGAUAGGUAGGCAGUCGUUAGCCCUGAGGAAACUUUGUGAGUGGCUGGAAAGGACUUGAGUUCCGCCUGACAGCUAUUUGAAUAGUUGGAAGCUUCGGGGAGACCAGUUUUGAGAGAAGCCCCUAAGAGAGUUCUUUCCAUGUGUCCCCCAUCUGCGCAUGAGAUUCUCAAACACCUGAAGUUACUUUUGUAAGUUAGUAUCUGUAGUCAUGAAAGUACAGACUUUUUGUUGUUGCCAAGUUAAUGGUAUGACAUUUCUCUCCCCCUUCUGGAAGAAUUUUCCUAAUUUGUUUCUAGUGAGGAAACACAGAGGAGCUGCCAGAGUCACUUGAGGUCAAGGUCUCAGGCACACGUUUCACUGACAGACACCUCACCUUGUAUGUUGAUUUCCCUCUUUCAUGCCAUUUCCCUCCCUGCUUCUGACAAAUGCCUAAUGGGAAAGGCCUGUGGGAUUGUGUUGUUAUUUAUUAAGAUUUUGGUGCCAUACAUGGUGUUGGCAGUUUGCAUAUUAUCAUUUCAUCAUCUUAAAACAGCCCAUGAGGCAGAACCCGGAACUGCCCCUGUUGUACAGAAGAAACAUGGCUUUGGAGAGGGUUGCUCCUCUCGGCCUGCAGUCACGCAGCACCCGCGUGUGGAGGCCGGCGUUGCAGGCAGCCCGCUCUGGGCGGGGCUGCUUGCAUUUCACAGUGUGGGUUGCUCGGGGCAGAGCUGGGGUCUGCGGGUCUGUCUUACAAAGAGACAGGUACCGGUUCUGCACAGUAAGGAACUUCCUGGUAGUUAGCCCUGGGAAAGCAUUCCCCAGGAAAAAGCAGGAGGGAGCACUGUCCCAGGAGGCAUUCUGUCAGCCACGCACCUUACUGUAAGAAUGUUGCUGAGGAGGUUCGGGGUCAGAACCGACCGCAUCAUCUGAGCAUUCUCCAGGAUUCCACUCUUCUUUGUGCUUCUGUGACCUCUGAGACAGCAGAUAACUGCUCCAAGACACGCUCAAGGAAACAUGCUAAUGACUCAUUGACAGGCUUUUUCUGUUGCAAGUAGAACCCCCAAAUUAUUGUUUGGUGAGUUGACACUUACAUACCCAGGCUUUCUUUGAUAUAAAUCAACCCUAGCAAUGUAGCCAUUUGUAGUAAACCCUUCUCCGGUGGCCCACUGACUCAGACUUUUAGGGCGGGGCCAUCUCAGCAUUCUGAUGGCCUUCCAUCUCACUUUACUGAGAGUGACCGAGGUGAGCCAUCCUUACUGAUUCUCAAAAUACUUCCUCGGCACCAGCAAUGUGUCCAGCAAGGGCACUAUGGUGAAGUAGGGUGAUAGCCAGCUACUUCCUAGGCUCUGUUUACAGGUGGGU